GUCAAGAGCUCUACGUGCAUACAUACUACAGAGAGGGCUCAGCUCGACCGAGGUGUUGGCUUCUUCACGACACAUCUCCGGCCGUGUCUUGUCGUGGGCAAAAGGCAGACCUUGGAGCUAGCCCUUGAGAUACUUGUUCAUCUCGACGAGCACUGACCCUCCUUAUUUCAGCGGAAGAAUAUGCAAGCGUUGUUGCAACUUGGCCUUUGCCUCAUAUUGCUUGCAACACAAUAUGCCCCAGCUGGAAGUGCGGUUCCUAGUUCACACUGCCGAAGACAGUGUGGGAAUGUCGAGAUACCAUACCCAUUUGGUAUAGACCCAGGCUGUUCGCUCGGAGACGGCUUCCACCUCGACUGCAAGGUCCACGAUGGCAUAGAGAGGCCAUUCAGGAGUGUCUUUGAGGUCCUCGACAUCUCCUUGAAGCAAGGGACAACCCGAGUGCUCAAUUUCAUCGUGGGGUAUUGCUACAACACUUCCACCAGGAGCAUGGAGUAUUUUGGCCGAUACGGGGGGCUCAAUGAAGGCGUUUCUUCUCCAUACCGCCUCUCUGAUGUCCAGAACAGAUUCAUGGUCAUCGGCUGCAACGCCCUGGCCUCCAUCUCGGACCGUGAUGGCACAGGCUACGAAGGCUAUGGUGCCGCGGCGUGCCGCAACCAGUCGGACCUAGUUGAUGGAUCUUGCUCCGGUAUCGGAUGCUCCCAGACGACGAUACCGAAGAGGAUGUACUUCUACGCAACAACCUUUUUUAGCACGGUCAACAAUAGUCAGAUAUGGAAGUUCAAUCGGUGCAGCUAUGCAGUGUUGAUGGAAACAGCGUCAUUCAGGUUCAGCACUAAGUACAUAACCACCAACAAGUUCAAUGGCACAAAUGAUGGGCGGGUGCCUGUGGUGCUCGACUGGGCUGUGAGAGAUAUCAAGUCAUGUGAUGUUGCAAAACAGAAUAAGACCGGCACUUAUGCAUGCCUCAGUAGCAAUAGCAAGUGUGUGAAUUCCAGCAAUGACCAAGGGUACAUGUGCAAUUGCACCAAUGGCUAUGAAGGAAACCCUUAUCUUCCUGGUGGAUGCAAAGAUAUUAAUGAAUGCGAUCACAAUCCAUGCCCUUCAGAUGGUGUUUGUCGCAAUAUCGCUGGAGAAUACCGAUGUUCUUGUCGAGUUGGAAAAAAAUAUGCCAAAGAAAGCAAUACAUGCAACCCAAAUGCAGGCUUCAUAAUAGGACUUACAAUGGGAUUAUUUGGUCUGAUGGUUAUCAUCAUGAUUUCCGUCUUCUGGGGACAAAUGACAAUUCAAAAGAGAAAAUUGAAUAAAGUUAAGCAGGAGUAUUUUCGCGAGCAUGGAGGCUUGCUUUUGUUUGAUAGGAUGAGAUCAGAGAAAGGUCUUUCUUUCAAUGUAUUUUCAGAAGCUGAACUCAGACAUGCCACUGAUAACUUUGACAUUAGUAGAAUACUUGGAAAAGGAGGCCAUGGAACAGUCUAUAAAGGGAUAAUAAAGAGCAGCACGCCAGUUGCAGUUAAAAGAUGUGGAAUAGUUGAUGAAAGGCAGAAGAAGGAAUUUGGGAAAGAGAUGCUCAUUUUAUCGCAAAUCAAUCACAAGAACGUUGUUAAACUCUUGGGUUGCUGCCUUGAGGUGGAAGUUCCUAUUCUAGUCUAUGAGUUUGUCCGAAAUGGUACAUUGUUUGAGCUUAUCCAUGGCAAGAACCAGGCAUUGCAAAUUUCCUUCAGCACUCUCUUAAGGAUCGCUCAUGAAGCAGCCGAAGGUCUCAGCUUCCUACAUUCAUACGCGUCUCCCCCAAUUAUUCAUGGUGAUGUGAAAACUUCCAACAUCUUGCUUGAUGAUAACUAUAUGGCCAAAGUGUCAGACUUUGGAGCCUCUAUAUUAGCCCCAUCUGACAAAGAGCAGUUUGUUACAAUGGUUCAAGGUACAUGUGGCUACCUUGAUCCUGAAUACAUGCAAACAUGCCAGUUAACAGACAAAAGCGACGUGUACAGUUUUGGAGUUAUCCUUUUAGAGAUCCUCACCGGCCAGUUGCCACUAAAGCUUGAGGGGACUGAGAAGCCAAGAAGCUUGUCAUUGAUUUUCCUUUCUGCUAUGAGGGAGAAUAAUCUAGAAGAUGUGUUGGUGAGCCAAGUGAAAGGUCAAGCAAGUAUGGAGUUGCUGCGAGGACUUGCAGACCUGGCUAAGAAAUGUCUAGAAAUGUGCGGUGACAACAGACCAUCAAUGAAAGAUGUCGCCGAUGAGCUAAAUAGAUUGAGAAAACUUUCACUACAUCCUUGGGUACAACUUGAGAUGGAGAUGGACGAAGAAAAUCUUCUUGGGGGAGAAUCUACUAGUGGUUAUGAAAUAGAAUUAAGUGGGUAUCCAAUGGACCAAAGUGAGAACCAUCCCAUAAACCCAGGAAGUUCCUAUUAUGCAAGAUGACUAAACAUGUAGGAUGAUCUAUAUAUUACUACAUGCAGUUACAUCUGUUCCUUCUGAACCUCGGUACCACAUGUAUUUUAUUUUGAGGUAGUAUUGCUGCUAAUGUGUGUAACUUUUAUAAUAGGGAGUCUAUCUCCUACAACUCUAUAGUUUGCAAAUUCCAAAUUGUGUUUUUUAAUCCA